UGGUUGUCGGUUCACUGCUGUGAUCCAAGCAGUUUCAUUUUCAUAUUCUUCUCACCCACUAAGAAUGUCGAUGUGCAUUUAAUCAGUCACCUUCAGAGAAAGUCCCACUGCCUUGGAGAAGGAAAUAAGAGCAGUGAGGAAGCCAGUCCACCCUCAUGAACAGCAAGAGCAGACAAGAAACCCCACUGGGCAAGGCAGAAAUGGCCCACAUGAGAGCGCCCAUGUGCCUGAUUGAGAAUGUGAAAGGACAGCUGAGACCGAAUCAGAAGGCCCUGGAGAUCCUGUCGGCCAUCACACAGCCAGUGGUGGUGGUGGCAAUCGUGGGCCUCUACCGCACUGGCAAGUCCUACCUGAUGAACAAGCUGGCUGGGAAGAAAACCGGCUUCUCCCUGGGCUCCACAGUGCAGGCUCACACGAAAGGAAUCUGGAUGUGGUGUGUGCCUCACCCCCACAAGGAAGACCACACACUUGUUCUGCUUGACACGGAGGGGCUGGGAGACGUGGAGAAAGGUGACAAUCAGAAUGACUGCUGGAUCUUCGCCCUGGCUGUCCUUCUCAGCAGCACCUUUGUCUACAACAGCAUGGGGGCUAUCAACCAGCAGGCCAUGGACCAGCUGCACUACGUGACAGAGCUCACAGAUCGGAUCAGAGCAAGAUCCUCACCUGACCAGGAUUUUGGGCUGGAGGACUCAGUUGAUUUUGUGAGCUUCUUCCCUGACUUCCUGUGGAGCCUAAGGGAUAUGACCUUAAAGAUGGAAGUAGAUGGGCAAAGCUGCACAGCAGAUGAGUACCUGGAGAUUUCUCUGAAGCUCAAGGAAGGUACUGGCAAAGAAGUUGAAAAGUACAACCUGCCCCGACUCUGUAUCCGUAAGUUUUUCCCAAAGAGGAAAUGUUUUAUCUUCUAUCCACCCACCGAGUGGAAAAAGCUUUCCCAGCUGGAGACGCUGCAAGCGAAUGAGAUCGACUCUGAGUUUUUGCAGCAAGUAGCAGAAUUCUGUUCGUACAUCUUUAAGCAUUGCAAAGUCAAAUAUCUUCCAGGAGGCAUCACUGUCAAUGGCCCACGACUGGAAAGCCUGGUGUUGACCUACGUUAGUGCCAUCCGCACAGGAGACCUCCCCUGCAUGGAGAAUGCUGUUCUGGCCUUGUCCCAGAUAGAGAACUCGGCUGCUGUGCAGAAGGCCAUCACCCACUAUGACCAGCAGAUGAGCCAGAGGGUGCAACUGCCCAAAGAGAGCGUCCAGGAGCUGCUGGACCUGCACAGGGCCUGUGAGAGAGAGGCCAUAGAAAUCUUCCUCAGGAACGCCUUUAAAGACGAAGACCAUUUAUUUCAAAUAGAAUUAGGGUCUCGACUACAAGAGAAAUGGGAUGACUUUUGCCAACGCAAUCUGGAAGUGUCAUCAAAACGUUGCUGGGCAUUGAUUCAGGAGAUCUUCAGACCUCUUGAAGAAGGUGUGAUGCGAGGCACUUAUUCUAAGCCAGGAGGUUACUGCCUCUUUGUUCAGGACACAGAAAGGCUGAAGAAAAAGUACUAUGGACAGCCAAAGAAGGGCAUACAGGCUGAAGAGGUUCUGCAAACAUAUUUACAAUCCAAGGAGGCUAUUUAUAAAGCAAUCUUACAAACAGACCAGAGUCUGACAGAAAAAGAAAAGGAGAUUGAAGUGGAACGUCAGAAGACUGAGUCCGCACUGGCUGCUGCAAAACUGUUGGAGGAAACACAAAAGAAGACUGAGAAGCUGAUGGAGCAGAAAGAAAAAAGUUUUCAGGAACACCUGAGACAGCUGACUCAGAAAAUGGAGAAUGAGAGAAUCCAGUUAAAGAGAGAGCAAGAGCGGACAUUAGCUCUUAAGCUUCAGGAGCAGAAACAGCUACUGGAAGAGGGGUUUCAGGAAGAAAGCAGAAAGCUUCAAGAAGAGAUGAGGAAUGUGGAGAAGAGAAACAAAGAAACAAUGGAUUAUAUGAAAGCUGAAGCUUCAAAGACUACAGUAAAAACACUAGAAGAAAUGCAAAGGAAAUAUGAUCAGAUAUUGGAAAAUAAAGACAGAAAUCACCAGGAGCAUGUGCUACAGCUGGUGGAGAUGAUGGAGAGAGACAGAACUCAGCUGUUAACAGAGCAAGAGGCGAGGAUGGCUGCCCUCCUUCAGGAGCGAGAAGUACAUCUCAAGGAAGAAAUCUCUGAAGAAAGAAGAAAACAUCAGAAAGAGAUGCAGGAUAUGGAGGCAAAAUAUAGAGAAAUGAUCCUAAAAUUUGAAUGUGCACAAUCUCAGUCCUCAGAGAAUGAAAAAAUGCUGAAGGAAAUGCAAGAGAUGGAGCUGAAGACUAUGAGGCAGAAGCAAGAAGCUUUAGAGGAUAAUGUGAGAAAACUGACUGAGCAGAGGGACAUGGAGACAGCAAGGCUAAUGGAAGAGCAAGAGGAGAUAUUUAACUGUAGGCUUCAGAAACAAAACAAAUUUUUCAAUGAAAAAAUCAGGAAACAGAACAAACAAUAUCAAGAAGAAAUUAGGAAAAUAAAGAUGCAAAAGAAUUAUAGUUGUUCCUUGAUGUGAAAAGUUCAAGCCCACAGGAUUCCUUCUCCCCCCGCCCCUCCCCCCAGCUCUCUCCUUUCUGGGCAGAAAUUUGCCGAUAUGCUUCUGAUCAUCUCACAUUCAGAACGAAAUAAAAUCCAAAACAAUGAA